AUGACCAGCCUCAAAGCCAGUCCGGCCUUGCACGCAACCACUCGCGAGCACCCAAACACCAAGUGUCUUCGCCGCCGCCCUUCAAGCGUCCCUCGCACUCCUGCGCGCGCUGCAGCAAGCGGUGUCGACAUCGGUGACGCGUUGGCCCUGACCGCAAGGAUCGCAGAUACCCUCCUGAUGCACGUCCCCGCGGCGAAGAACGAGACCCUCAUCGACUUCCUCGUCCGCCUCUACUCCGUCUAUGUCGACCUCCACUCCGCGUACCUCGAGAUCAAGCCCCUCAUCUGCCUGGACACUGUCGAUCUGCAGGCCCAAGUGGCCGAUGCGCGCGACUUGUCCGGCGUGGACAAGCCUGGCUCGCAGGCGACGACCUCGAAGGGCAAGACUGUUUUUGCUGAUCGCGGCCCGCCGAUGGCGGAGGCGUACAUCCAGAAGUUGGACGCGUCCACCGGUCCCUCGCUCAAGCUCACUGUCCUCAACGCUGAGGGCUGCAUCUGGACGAUGGUCGCCGGUGGUGGGGCCUCCGUCGUGUACUCCAACGCCAUCGCCGCGCACGGCUUCGCGCACGAGCUCGCGAACUACGGCGAGUACUCGCGCGCGCCGUCCGAGGGCCAGACGUACGAGUAUGCGAAGAUGAUCAUCGACUCAUGA